AUGUAUCCGGUUAUGGGUGCAUUCAGCAAAGACAAUGAUAAUCCUUGGAAAAUUGUAAUAAGAGAUGAGAUCAUUUUACUUGUUAGACCUAACUCCCUCUACGCUGUCGUUCAUUGGGAACCAUCUACUUUAAAGGUAGUUUUAUCUUACACUUCGGUCAUUCUAGUGUAUCGCCUUUCUUCUAAUGGUCGCUCGAGUAUGAUUUUGUUGCAUAUCUGA